AUGAUUUCCUGUCGAGUCUGUAACCUCAGGGAGCUGGUCGCCAUUGCCUGUGGACUAGUGACCACCAUCGUUUUGGGGCUGGGCAUUUGGAGGUCUGUGGUCAGGAUCCAGAGAGGUAAUGUUACUUUACGAACACCCCCACCAGUCCCCUCAUUGGCAUUCUGCAGAAAUGGUGGAACCUGGGAAAAUGGCAGAUGUAUUUGUCCAGAAGAAUGGAAAGGUCUGAGAUGCACAUUCAUUAAUUUCUGUAACGAAAGUACGCAUGAUAAUUUACAUUUUAACAAAAUCCCAGUGGGAAGAUAUGGACCUUCCAAAGAAACAUGUGAAAAGGACACUGCGAAUGCGGGAUCUCCAAAGGCAAUCCGAUUAUGUAACCUCACUGAAAAUGGAGACAUAGAAUUAAAAAAUCCAAGAAUAGGAAAUUGUAAUGAAAAUCUGAAAACACUAGAAAACAAGAUACAAAGUAUCUCAAAUAACUUAGUGGACAUUUCUGAGGAAGCCCAGUUUUUAACAUCUGAUGCUAAUAGUUUAACUGCUGAUAACAUCACUGCUGCUACUAAUGUGGUCGGACAGAUCUUCAACUCAUCCAGAGAUGAUACAUCUGAGGCAAAAAAAAUUGCGGUAACAACAGUGAGUCAGCUUCUAGAUGCCAGUGAAGAGACUUUUCAAAGAGCUGCUGAUAUUGAUCAGAAUACCUUUAAAACACUUAUUGAGCAAAUGGAAACAUAUUCCUUGUCUUUGAACAACGCACCAGUGAUAGAACCUAAUAUAGCAGUACAAUCUGUUAAUUUGUCUUCAGAAGACACUGAAGGGUCUGAGAGUGUUUUCUUUUCUGUGUUGAAAGGAUCCAGCAAUUCGCUAACUGAUGGUUCAACUCGUGUAGCUACAAACAUAAAUACCCUAGAGCCAGAUGAACAGACUGAACUUCAGCUCUUGCUUCAUACCACAAAAAAAAACAAUCAAACUUGUGGCUUUGUGGUAUAUCAAAAUAACAAGCUUUUCCAAUCAAAAGCUUUUAAAAUUAAAUCAGAUUUUAGUCAAAAAAUUAUCUCAAGUACAACUGAUGGGAUUGAGAAUGAUCCGAAUGUUUCUGUUGAAAUGGUCUUUAAUCCAAAGUACGAUCUGAGAAAAUUCCAACUCCAUUCCUACGCCUGUGUCUUUUGGAAUCUUAAAAAGAAUGACUGGGACACACAUGGUUGUCAGAAAAAGGAACUUUCUGAUGACAGGUUCCUACACUGCAGCUGCAACCACACUACUAAUUUUGCUGUAUUGAUGAGUUUCAAAAAGAACUAUAACUAUCCUAAAUCACUAGACAUACUAUCCAAUAUUGGCUGUGCACUGUCCAUCAGUGGUCUGGCUCUCACAAUUACAUUUCAGGUUGUCACCAGGAAAGUGAGAAAAACCUCUGUAACCUGGGUGUUGGUCAAUCUGUGCACAUCAAUGUUGAUUUUCAACCUCCUCUUUGUGUUUGGAAUUGAAAACUCCAAUAAGAACUUAAAGAUGAGUGAUGAAGACACCAAAAAUACUGAUUCUGCUAAUGAAAUGAUCAAAACAGACAUUGUUGACAUCCAGAAUACAACGUGCACUGUUAUGGCUGCUUUACUUCAUUAUUUUCUACUAGUGACAUUCGCCUGGACUGGACUCAGUUCUGCCCAGCUCUAUUUCCUUCUAAUCUGGACCAUGAAACCUCUUCCUCAACAUUUCAUUUUAUUCAUCUCUUUAAUUGGAUGGGGAGUCCCUGCUAUUGUAGUGGGUAUGACAAUAGGAAUUAUCUAUUCUCUGAAUGAGGAUGGUACACAAUGGGAGUUCAGCUACCGGCAAGAAUCAAUUUGUUGGUUGGCAGUUCCAGAAGGCUCUGAUUUCCAGAAAAGUCCAUUGUUAUGGUCAUUCUUCUUACCUGUUACCGUCAUCCUCAUCAGCAAUGUGGUUAUAUUUAUUGUCAUCACAGUCAAAGUGUUAUGGAGGAACAAUCAGAAUCUGACGAGCACCAAAAAGAUUUCAUCCAUAAAGAAAAUUCUUAGCACUCUAUCUAUUGCAGUGGUUUUUGGAAUUACCUGGUUACUGGCGUAUUUUAUGCUACUUGGUAAUGAGAACAUCACUAUCAUCUUCAGCUACAUAUUCUGCCUUUUCAACACUACUCAGGGCUUGCAAAUUUUUAUCUUCUAUACUGUUAGAACAAAAGUCUUCCAGAGCGAAGCUUCCAAAAUGUUGAAAUCGCUUUCAUCAUCCGUUGGAAGUGUGAAGUCACUGCCACCGAUGACUCCACUGAGGUUACGCUUAAGGAUGUAUAAUCUGGUCAGGUCAAUUCCAACCCUAAAUGAAAACUUUAGGUUACUGGAACCAUCUUUGUUUACGGAGGAAAAGUCAUUCUCUAACAGUGACCUCUCAAACUCAAGCACAUAG